AUGGCUGUGGACUUGUGCAAGGCCAAAUGGGUGAACCAUGGAGGGAAUCCGAUCUUCUCCAUCGAUAUCCAUCCGUCGGCUACUCGCUUUGCCACCGGGGGCUCGGACCGCAACGUCAAGAUCUGGUCCAUGGUGCCGUUUGUGGAUGCGGCGGCAAAGCUGACUGGCUCGGCGACAUCAGACUCGGACGACGAGUCGGACGAUAGUGGCGUGUACACAACGUCGGAAGACGAUGAUGACGAUGAUGAUGACGCUGGAUACGAUGAUGACGGGAAGAGCAAGGGGUCGGGCAAGAAAGGGUCGAGCAAGAAAGCGGCGGGCAAGGCCGGCAAGGCGUCGCGGAUGGACCUGCUCAUGGGCUCGGGCGCGACUGGAUUCGGUAGCGCGGCGAGCCAGGGCUCGCCGCCGCGGGCUGCCAGUGCGGUGGAGCGGCAGCACCGGUGUCUGGCGACGCUGCCGCGGCAUCAGGGCGCCAUUAACGCGGUCCGGUGGUGUGCGUCGGGUGAGUUUCUGGCGUCGGGAGCCGACGACAAAGUCAUCAUCAUCUGGGCGCAGUCCGACUCGCCAACGCAGGUCUUUGGCUCGGCCAAGGUUAACCACGAGGGGUGGGGCUUUUACCGGGCGCUCCGUGGGCAUACUGCCGACGUGACUGACCUGGCGUGGUCGUGUGAUGACUCAUACUUGGCGUCAUGCGGAGUUGACGGCGACAUUCUGGUGUGGGACACGACCGAGUUUGAGCUGCUUGCCACUCUCAAGGGCCACUCGGAGUUUGUCAAGGGUCUGGCGUGGGACCCUGUCGGCAAGUACCUCGCAUCGCAGUCGAACGACCGCUCGCUCAAGAUCUGGUCAACUACCGAGUGGCGGCAGGUGGCCUCGGUGGCCGCGCCCUUUGAGGGCUCGCCGCCGCACUCGUUCUUCCGCCGCUGCUCGUGGUCACCUGAUGGCAAGUGGCUGACCUCGGCGUACGCGUACAACAACACCAAUCCUGUUGCCACUGUGCUCGCGCGCGACACGUGGGAGACUGCCGUCGAGUUUGUCGGUCAUUCUGAGCCUGUGGUGGUUGCGCGGUACAACCCGCGGCUCUUUCGCAUUCCGGAGCACUUUCGGGCGACAGCGGCAGCACCACCGGCGUCAGAGGGAGAGACGCAGGCCCAGGCACAAGCACCGGGCGCGGGUGCGGUCGCAGAUGAGAGCAAAGGCGCGAACUCGGCCGAAGGCGAUGAUGAGGACGAGGCAAGCGAGGCUGCCACGCCGACCAAGGACAAGAAGCGGCGGAAGAAGAAGAGCGGCAGCAGCAGUGCCAGCCCGGGGUCUCCGUCGGCAGGAGGCAAUGACGACGAAUACUUUGUCUGCUGCGCCAUUGGGUCGCAGGACAACUCGAUUUCGAUCUGGGCGUCAUUCCAAGACCGGCCGCUACUGAUUGCUACGGCGAUGUUUGAGCACUCUGUAAUGGAUCUGUCGUGGUCAGACGACGGGACAGUUCUGAUGGCGUGCUCGUACGACGGGACGGUCGGAUGCUUUGUCUUUGACAUUGAGUCAGAGCACGUGCUCUCACAGCCCGUCUCUGAGCGCGAGCACCAGCGGAUUCUGGCGGACGAGUACGGCGAGUUCCUGGGCAAGACGGUGCACCUGCAGGAGUACGCCGAGACGGUGAGCCUGCAGUCGAUUUCGGCGCCGUCGAUGACGCUCACGCCGCGAACGGUGUCUGCGGUGCGGGCGGAGACCGAGGCGCUGCGGUCUGGGCUGGACGCAGUGAAGGGCGCCCACGGCAUAGCGGGCAAGAUGCAGCAGCUGGCGGUGUCGGAGCCGGUAGCGCUUCCGCCAGUGGAGCAGAAGGAGUCGAUCACCAAAAGCGGCAAGCGGCGGGUCCAGCCCCAGCUGCUGUCGACGCUGCCAGGCGCAGCGGCGCCGGCAGUCCUCGCGCCGCGGUCGACGUCGCAGACGGGCUUUGCACGGCCGUCGAUGAACCCGCCGGUGGUCAACACGCUCAUUCCGCGCAAGCGAACGGCCACGCGGGCGUCGCUGGGCGGAGCCGGCGCCAGCGAUCCGCCUGGAGCUAGCAUGGCGCCGGCAGCCGGCGGGGUGUCGCGGGCGAAGCGCCAGCGGACGCUGACGAUGGGCGAGGUGGAGCCAGCCGAGCCUGUGGCACGGCUGGUGGUGAGCGCGGAGGACUUGUACCUGGACCCGCCGGCGGUGACGCCGGUCAAGGCUGUCAGCUUCCGGGUGGCGCCGGCGCCGGUCCUGCUCGGGGCCGGGCCGAGCAGUCCGAGCGGAGGCGACGAGGCGAUCGAGUACGCGCUUGAGGCGCGGGGAUGGAAGUUGAGCGGGCCGGCAGAAGCCGGGCCUGCGCGAGGAUCGAGCCUCUCGCUGAGCCAGAGUGGCGAGCUGGUGUGGGAGGCUUAUGUGCCGGGGCGGGUCAACGCCGUGGCGGCGUCAGAGCUGCUUGCGGUGGCGGCGACGUUUGACGACGGCGGGCUGCAUGUGUUCUCUGCGGCCAACGGCGCGCUGCUCUCGCCAGCAUUGGUCCUCGGGCUGCCGCUGGUGAUGGUCCGGGUGAGUGCAGAUUUGCCGCGGAUUGUGGCGCUUAGCGCGUCGGGCUCGCUCCGGGUGUGGGAGGUGGUCGGUCCGCUGGCGCGGCUUGGCGCACCGCUCGGGCAUGGGCACGGAGGCGGCCGGGCCGCGGCGAGCAUGGUGGCGCGCAAGACGCUCACUGUCGCGCCGCUGCUCAACUCUGUUGUUGCCGGCGAGGCGAGCGCGGCUGAGGUGCGCGUGGCGGACGUGCGCAGCGUCGGCCCGGAGAGCGACGUGGUGGUCGAGCUCUCGAAUGGGUAUGUGUACCUGCACAACGCUGCGGCGGACGCGUGGAUGCGGGUGGCCGACGGCUCGUACGUCGGCUCGCAGUACUUUGCGUCGUCACUCGGCUUUGCGCGGGCGUCGCUGCCGUCGGGCGAGCUCGCGGCGGCGCAGCUUCGGCUGGUCCCUCGGCUCGCACACCAAGUUGCGCCGUUCCUGGCAGCGCUCUCGCUCAGCCAGCAGCGCCUGGUCACCGUCGGCUACCUGGAGCACCAGGUCUCUGCCGCGCUCGCCAUGGGCUCGAGCAGCGAGUUUGAGCACUGGAUGCGUGAGUACGUCCGGCGGCUGGUCCGCGACGCGGCCGAGGCCAAGCUCCGCAAUGUGGCCAUCAACCUCCUCUCCACCACCCGAGCCGAUCUCGACGGGCGCAGCCUGCUCAAGGCGCUCCUCCCAGAGAUCGCGCAGUCGCCGCAGCUGCAGAAGCUCACCGCAUGGGUCACCGAUGCCCUGCGCUCCGAAGACGAGUAA